AAUUUCGGGAUUAAUUCGGUAUUGGGUACCGAAAUUUUCAGGAUUUUCGGUUCGAGAUUUUUGGUAUUUUAUUCCUGCCGUAGAACAGGUAACAGAAGCUUGAGUAAGGAAGGACCGAGAGUUGGGAGCACAAAAAAUGGGGGGCGGAGGUGGAGGGAGCAAGAAAAUACUGGUGGGUUUGGUUCUGGUCAUGUUUCUAGGAAUUGCCGUCUACUUGCGGCUUUGGACCAUCGACUAUUCCAUUUCUUCCGACGAAGCCGACCUCCUCAGGCGGCAGUUCGACCUUGCGAAUAGGGAAGCAAUGGAUGAAUCUGCUGAGUGGAGGCUGAAAUACGAUGAAGAAGCCGAGAAGGCUACCAAGUGUAUGAAUCAACUCAAACAGAUAAAGGCGUUGUUUGGGGAGGGUGAUGGAAAUGCUGCUACCGUCAACCAGAAAUUGUUGAAUCUACAAAAGGAAAGUAUGGCCUUAGUAAAACGGAUGGAAGCCUUGAAACAAGAGCUUGAGGCUGAGAAGCUGAAGUGCAGCGUUCAAUAGGUUAGUAUAUCAUCAGGGGUCAAAAGAUACAGCAUAACCAAAUUCACCGCAUUUUUCAUUUUGUCCAAUCCAUAUGCUCUCAACCACGAAACACACCCCAUAAGCACUCCAGUUUGAAAGUUUUUAGCUUCAUUGGUUACUUAAACCAUCAAAGAAAGUUUUGGACGAGAUGCAUGUGCCCCCUUACAGUUCUUAAUUCAUGCUGCUUUCCGGGAAACUGAGGUAUUCGGGUAAUGACUGCUUUUCUUCUACUGAAUAUACAACAAUUUUUUCUGUUUUGCAUCUUACUUAUCUUCAUGAUCGGGAGCCAAUGUAAAUUGUUCAACCUUGAAAGUACCAUUUUCUAUUCCUUGUAAAAUUCCCUGUUGUAAUUGAAAUAUGUGAAAUUUUGGAUGUCCGGGUGUCUGUUCGUAACUUCGUAUGGCUUUAUUUCAAAGGUCUAUUAUUGUUAUAUACUAAUGGUAAUUUUCCCA